AAUCCAAUCCUUUGCUCUGAGGCCUGAGGGAGAGAGAAAAGGAAAAUAAUUCCAGCACUUCAGGUUCUCCGUUCCCCAACCGUUCCGGCGGCGGCGCGUGUCUCCGACCAUCGUCUCAGCCAUGCCGCACGGGGAAGACGCGUCGGGUUCCGGAUCAGGGCCCGGGUCGACGGCAACGAAGAGGCGGCGGAGAGCGGGAGUCCCUCCCCCUGCGCUCCCACCAGCCGUGCCCACGACGGGGACCAGCUCCGACCGAUCCAAGCCAAGGAGGAAGAGGUCCAAAAAGCCCCGCCGCGGCGACGAGCAGGAUGAGAGGGAUGCCAAGAGGAGAAAUCUAGGGGAAGAGGAGGAGGAGGAGGAAGAAGAAGUGGUGUCGUCUGCACCCAGCUCCCCGAUCUGCGAGCCCUACAUCCCCGACGACGAGGAGUACAGCGUGGAGCUGUACGAGGCCUUCGACGACGCCGAAAAAUAUUUUAAAGAGAAAAUAGGUCGCCAAAUGCAAAGGUCCACGCUCCAAAACUUCAUGCCUGCCACAUGCCUGGCGAGUGAUCCAAAGCUUGUUGCCGUCCGUGAACGUGGAACCAAAGCAGUUGUUUCCGCUGCUAAGUUACUUGUCGGCCUCUCCUCUUCCAUCGAUGGUAAGCCAUUAUUACGCUGCUCUGGUUUCUGGGUUGACUGGGACAAGGAAAAUAAAACAGGCAUUGUUUUGACAACUGCUCAGCUGAUUCGCUUGGAUCCUGUGGAGUACAACGUAUGGUUAGGCAAAGAUGAGUAUGAUCGAAAUGCCAAGGUUAUUGUUCAUUUGCUGGAUGAGACCCCUGCAGAAGGCCACUUGAUCUACUAUCAGAAGCAUUACGACAUUGCUCUCUUUAGAGUUAGAGUCGAUGCUGAUGUUCAGUUGCCACUUCUUAAUGUUAAAGUCCAACAAGCCCAAGAGGUUUUCCACCUUGGGAGAGAUGGAAAUUUAGAUCUCAGAGUAACCCAUGGCAGGGUGGAAUACUUAAAUCCAGACGUAUUUCAGCGUUAUCACUUCAUGUUCUUUUCUCGUAGCGAUGUUAAUGAGUAUGACAAUGGAGGUGUGGUCAUUGACUUGAAAGGGAAGGUUGUGGGAAUGGUCAACAUUAGUGCAUAUGGGUCUUUUAUACCAUCUUCUAUCUUGAUCAAGUGCUUGGAUUUGUGGAAGAAAUUGGGACGCAUUCCUCGGCCCCAUCUUGGAUUCAAGUUUUUCGCCAUCAAGCUUCUGGACCCUCUUUAUAUUGAUAAGAUAGUGCGCGAGCAUAAAAUUGAUGAUGGUCUUAUUGUUAAUGAGGUGGCGAAUGGAUCUAAUGCUGAGAGGCUCGGAAUCCAAAGGGGUGAUAUCAUUUCAUGUUUCAAUGGAAAGAAGAUUUCUACUACAGUUCAGUUGGAAAAUCUAUUGCUGAACAUGUGCAUGGACUUUGACAGAGCAAAUCAACCAAAUGCCAUAGAUAUCUUUAUUGGUGUAUUUGAUACACGGAAAAAUCGCUGGAGAGAUGUUAAUUUGAAUGCAAAAGUAUCUGAUCAUGGAGAAAUUGUUGCAAGAGCUACUGCUCCUUUCACUAUGGGGCCAAGGAGGACCGGUGUUUCGGUGGCACCUGACCAAACUGUCUCAGGAUAAACUGAGGAUGCUAAGACUUCAGGGCUGGAGCAGGGCACGAGAAGCAUGCAUACAGGCUUUUCCAUCUGUAAAUCCAUUCUGAACUAUGCAGACGUGUUUUAGCUAGUAAAUGAACUAUCAGGGGAUCGAGCUUACGUUUGCACGCGCACUGUGUAUUCACUAAAAUUGCAGUGGGUUUUGUCCUCGGUCUCGUCACUCUAGUCCUAGAAUAAUUGAAUAAUUGAAUGCGCACACGAACACCCA